GUUCCAGCAUAUUAAUUCUUGCAGAAUCCACUGGGCGAUCUGCUCUACUUUUACGAUAUGUCCUUGGUGGCGAUAGGCGCCUUAUAUGUGGAUACAAUCCUAACAACUCCCCACUACCCUGGUGAAGAUGAUAAGUUACGUGCUUCCAAAAUCUCUCGUCGACGGGGAGGCAACUGCCCCAACACCCUAGAGGUUCUCCAGCAGUUGAUAACACAUGACUCAUCAACUGCCGGAGUCGCCCUGGAUCUUGUUUCCAUUUUACCUGCAGAGUCUUCUACUGCCUCCCAGCAGAUCCAAUUGGCAUUCAAACCUCAUGUCAGCUUGUCUCAUUGCAUCUAUCGAGAUGGCUUUGAGGAACCGGCCUCGAGUUACAUAAUCAAAAGCGAGUCGUCUGGUAGUAGGACUAUAGUCAACUACAACGAACUUCCAGAGAUGACGGUGGAAGAGUUUACUCAAAUCGCAGAUCGUCUACACAAGGCUUCAUGGUUCCAUUUUGAGGGCCGAAUACCUCUCGUAACUCUAUCCUGUAUUCACUACAUUCGUCAGCAGUACCCGUUAGCCAAAAUCAGCGUCGAAGUAGAGAAGCCAGGUCGGGAGGGGCUGCAGGAGCUAGCAGAGGAAGCUGAUGUGGUGUUCUACUCUAAGAGCUGGGCUCAGGGGAAUGGAUAUCAAACUGCCGAAGAGUGUGUCGAGAAACAAUCCAUUGUGACACGAAAAGCGUCACUGCUCUGCUGCACCUGGGGUCAAAGUGGUGCCGUAGCUUUCGAUAUCAAAACUCGGAGUCUGAUUCAUCGCCCUGCAUAUUCUGCAGCAGAUUUCCAAGUUGUCGACCCAAUCGGUGCAGGUGACACAUUCAUAUCUGGGAUGCUAUAUGCACUGCUCUGUCGAGGGGACGAUUGGGACCUGUCACAGAAAUUGGGCUUUGCAAAUCGGCUUGCGGGCAUGAAGGUCUCACAGGAGGGAUUUUCGGGACUUGCAAGGGCUUUGGAGUCAUUUCCAUAAGAUCCGAAGUUGAUAACUGUAC